GGGACAAACAGUGCAGUGGGGGUAGCGGGGGUGGGCUACAUACGGGAACAACAUUCACUGUUCCACUUCUCAACCAUGAAGAACCUGGUCUCGGUCCUGGUCUUGGUCCUGGUCUUGGUCGUGGUCUGUGUGGAUCAUGCACAAGCUGUGAGGUGUUUCUCACACUUCAAGCGCUCGUCAGGUGAGUGUGAGGAAGAGCUCGGUGAGGUUGAUGAAGAUGACUGCUGUCAGAAUCCUCAUUAUGGUUACGUCCCACAAGAUGGCGGCUGUCAGUCCUGUGGUCCUCCAGCAUGGUCUGACUGGUCGCCAUGGUCACCGUGUAACAUCCUGUGUGGGGAGGGGGUCACACAGAGGAGCAGGAAGUGUUUUGGCAUCGGCAAGUGUGAGGAUGGUGCAAACGUACUGCAGACACAACCGUGCAAUGGCACAUGCUGCAAUGCAGGGGGCUGGGCCUCGUGGCUUUCCUGGUCUUCCUGCUCAGUCACCUGUGGAGGUCGCGGGGUCAGAAAGCGAGAGAGGGUUUGCUCCACCACCCCUGAGUGUCGCCAAACCUGUGGAGGGUCUUCCGAGGAGGCCGAGUCUUGUUUAUCAGACAACAGGUGUCCAAUGCACGGCGGGUGGUCCAACUGGUCUGUAUGGUCUUCAUGUUCCGGCUCGUGUAUCCAUGAUCAGCACGAUGGCGUCUCAGUGCCCUCCAGGCAGCGCCAUCGCUCCUGUUCUAACCCUGCCCCUUCCAGUGACACAUGGCCUCCUGGUGACGGUUGCCACGGAGACGGCGUGCAAGUCAAGAGUUGCAGCGAGCUUCCCAAGUGUCCAGUGGACGGGAACUGGGGGGCGUGGUCAGAGAUGAGUCCUUGCACCGCCCGCUGUGGGGAAGGACUUCGAUUUUCCACCCGAAUGUGCAAUCAGCCCGCCCCUAAAUAUGGCGGACGAUUCUGUGAGGGAGCGAGCGCUCUGAGUGUCAUGUGUCACACAAUUUGUGCAGUGCACGGGGCCUGGUCUGGUUGGUCCAGCUGGGGAGAUUGUUCCUCUUCCUGCAUCACAAAAGGCGGAGCUCCUGUCAGGACUCGUCAGCGCUCUUGUUCUAGCCCCGCCCCUUCACUCUUCCCUGCAGGUGAAGGUUGCCAAGGUGACAGCCAGCAGACAGAGGAGUGCAGCCACCUGCCUGCAUGCCUAGGUGACCUCUCUGACUCUGAGCUGGACGGAGGCUGGGGGUCAUGGUCCCCCUUCUCUUCCUGUCCUGUCACCUGUGGGGUGGGGCUUCAGGUGUCACUCAGGAGGUGUGACAGCCCGGCUCCCAAACAGGGUGGGCGUCUGUGUCCUGGGAACCAGCGCAGGACUCGCAUUUGUAUGACCAACAUCCACUGUCCAGUGGAUGGUGUGUGGUCCGAGUGGUCGCCAUGGCAACCCUGUAAAUACCCAUUUAAGGGGCGGGUGAUCCGCUGUAAGCAGAUUCCUGGAAGUCAAAGUCGAGAGCAUCAGUGUUUGCAUCGCGCUCACAACGGCUCUAUCUGUAUCGGCGACCAUCUGAGCGAAUACCGCAUCUGCUAUGAUGUCACCGGGUGUUACUUUAAGGGCAGCUGGGACGGCUGGGAGGCGUGGUCUUUGUGUAGGCCACCAUGUGGAGGAAACUCGCGGCGCCGCCGGAGCAGGAAGUGUGUUCCUGAUUACAGCGACUAUCGUUCCAGCAUGAGUCAUCAGAAGGACAAUGUGACCUUCUACGGGGAUCCCCUUGCCGACUGUGGGCCGGCGCCAGGGGGCGUGACCUUUCAAGCACAGCCUUGCGUCAACGUGCCCGCCUGUGACUGACACUGAUUCACAGGCAUAUUUUGUUGCAUUCAAUAAAGUUG